AAACGAAGCUUAAACCCUUUCUUCUCUCUUAUCCCCGAGAAGCAUGCCUCUUGCUUUCUUUUCGCUGUCGCCAUUUCCGGCGCCCUCGCUUCUCUCCUUCCCGACAAAGUUCAAACCCAGCGCAUUUACUCUCCUCAAGCCGUCGUCGUUUCUCUCCACCGCCGUCUCCGCCAUUGGCCCCGAUGGAAAAUACUACCCAACUCCAUCUGACGAUGACCCCCCCGAAGCUCCGGAAGACUCAAUGCACGGCGUCAACAAGUUCGAGCAAGUCCGGCGCCAGGCGGCGCGUGCGCGCAAGCGCCAGGAAGAGGAAUACAAAAAGGACCAAUCCACUUUCCUCAAAGCACUAGAGGAAACCGAGGAUCCUCCUUUUCUGAGCAACGACGACUCCGGCGACGACCUAUUUGGGGAAAUCGACAAAGCAAUCGCUUUAAAACGACAGGAGUUCAUCAAGCAGGGGUUAAUCAAGCCAAGCUCGAACAAAAAGCCUGAAUCCGAUGCGGAAACCAUCGAUGAAUUGGAGCCCGAGGAAGCGGUCGAUUUGGAGGAAAUCAACGAGCUCCACGGCCUGACUGAGAUUUCUGAAGACGAUGACGGAGAAGCCUCCGAAUUCGAGGUUAGCAACGACCAAUUUUCGAGUUCAUUCGACAUUGAUUUUGAUGAAUUUGGAAAAACUAAGGCUAGAGUUGUUGAUCCUAAGUUUAGAAUGAGCUUAGCUGAGCUGUUAGACGAAAGCAAAGUUGUCCCUGUAUCUGUAUUUGGAGACUUAGAGGUAGGAAUCAGUGGAGUUUCUCAUGAUUCUCGAGUAGUCGAAAAUGGCGAUUUAUUCAUAUGCUGUGUCGGGGCUGAUACCGACGGCCAUUUGUAUGUUUCUGAGGCUGAUAAGAGAGGUGCUGUGGCAAUUGUAGCGAGCAAGGAGAUCGAUAUCGAGGACACAUUGGGGUGUAAGGCAUUGGUUGUAGUCGAGGAUACGAAUACAGUUCUUGCUGCAAUAGCGUCUUCUUUCUUUAGGCAUCCUUCUAGAAGUAUGUCUGUGAUCGGCGUCACGGGGACAAAUGGGAAGACGACUACAUCGUAUCUAGUUAAAGGCAUGUACGAGGCGAUGGGGCUGAGGACGGGAAUGUUGAGUGCCGUGGCAUCGUAUGUUCACGGCGAUAACGAGUUGGAAGUGAGUAAGGGAACUCCGGAUGCAGUUUCGAUUCAAAAGCUGAUGGCGAAGAUGGUGCAUAACGGGACGGAAGCAAUGGUGAUGGAAUCUUGUACUCGAGGGAUGUCGUGCGAUGAGAUCGACUUUGAUAUUGCCGUGUUCACAAACUUGACAAGGGGGGAUGAUUUGGAUUUUCACGGGACUGAGGAGGAGUAUAAGGAUGCAAAGGCUAAGCUUUUUUCGAGAAUGGUGGACCCUGCGCGCCACCGUAAGAUUGUGAACAUUGAUGAUCCGAAUGCUGCAUUCUUUGUAGCACAGGGUAACCCCGGCGUGCCUGUUGUGACAUAUGCGAUGGAGAAUAAGAACGCCGAUGUUUAUGCUCUGAAAUUUGAAUUAUCCCUGUUUGAGACUCAGGUGUUGGUCAAUACGCCGCAAGGGAUAUUGGAAAUUUCUUCGGGGUUACUCGGGAGGCAUAAUAUAUACAACAUUCUUGCAGCUGUUGCUGUCGGGAUUGCAGUUGGUGCGCCUUUGGAGGACAUUGUUCGAGGGAUUGAAGAGGUUGAUUCGGUGCCGGGUAGAUGUGAGCUGAUCGAUGAGGAGCAGGCUUUUGGAGUUGUUGUCGAUUACGCACAUACGCCAAAUGCUUUGUCUAGACUCCUUGAUCACAUGAAGGAGCUUGCACCGAGGAGGGUUAUCACUGUGGUUGGUUGUGAUGGUGAACGCGACCGAGGGAAGAGACCGGUAAUGGCAAAGAUUGCCACGGAUAAAAGUGAUGUCACUAUCUUGACUUCAGACAAUCCAAGAAGUGAAGAUCCUUUGGAUAUCUUGGAUGAUAUGCUGGCUGGUGUCGGGUGGUCGAUGCAAGAAUACUUGAAAUACGGAGAGAAUGAUUACUAUCCACCACUGCGUAACGGUCAUCGACUGUUUUUACAUGAUAUUAGACGGGUUGCUGUACGGUGUGCUGUGGCAAUGGGCGAGGAAGGCGAUGUUGUUGUAGUCACCGGGAAAGGCCAUGAAACGUAUCAAAUAGAAGGGGAGAAGACAGAAUUCUUCGAUGAUCGGGAGGAAUGCCGAGAAGCACUUCAGUAUGUCGAUGAACUUCACCAAGCUGGAAUCGACACAAGCGAAUUCCCAUGGCGGUUACCCGAGAGCCAUUAAUCCACGACUUGCCGGAUAGACAAUUGUAGAUAUUAGAUGAUCGUAGAAACACGGAAUCGAUGCAUUAUGCCAUUCUAGUGUAACUUCACUUCAGCUCAUCUGCGAAACAUCGGAGCUUCCGAACUGGAAUCUAUCGAUUUAAGGUGCGCCCCGACUCUAUGAAUUUGAUGUUUAGAAGAAUUUGGUAUUGAAAUUUUGAAAUCACGGUGAAUGAUCGCGUGCUUAUGCGUUGAAUAUGCAUCGAUUUGUGCCGUAAUUUGGGUGAUUGGCAACCACAUUUUGUUGGUAAUCCGAAUGAGUUACGGGUUCAGCUGUGGUGUUGUCGAUGUGAUGUGUGAAAUUUUAUCAUCAUUCGAUGAAAUUCUUGUUUAGGCGAACCAUUGUGGGGAUUGACGUGUGCUUAGAGCGCAUUCGACGAGUACCAACCAAAUAUAUUCUUGUAAAAAGAAAAGGAGGGGUAAAUGGAUCAUUAUUAUAUAUAUAUAUAUAUUAGAUUUGUUUCUAA